ACAGAAGAGUGGAGCAUGCCUCACAAAAGGAAGCUGUUGCCCUCACCCAGCCCAAGGAGGUAGCUGCAGCUGGAGUUUUAUUGCUGCCUUUGGCCUUUUAUAUUUUAAAAGUACUUCUUAAAUCCCACUCCAACUCUAGAAUGUGAGAAAACUGCCCCAGACAUCUGUUUUACUUCUCAUGGAGGUAAUAAGAAACAGAUCAAAGUGUAAAGACCUAAGCGCAAGUUGCUGAGGUGAUUGGAGGAGGCGUCUCAAUCUUCUGGGUCAUGAAACAUGAUAUAUUUGGUGCUGCUCCUUCUGUGUUACAGCCACGGUUCAGACUUCUGAUAGGCACGUUUGUUCAUGGGCUGUGCUUUGUUUACUGAUGUACAGCAACACUGUCAUGGCCAAAGCCAUCUAGAGAGACAGUGAGAAAAGUGAUUACAGACCCAGCAGUGUCCAGUCAGCAAGAUCCAGUGUGCAUGGAUGGCACCAAAAACAGUGGAGUGGACUGUCAUUGUCCUGACCUGCCAGCACAAGGACAGUGUCUGUGCAUUCCAGAAAGAGCUGGAGAUCCGCCAGAGGAGGGGUGUCCUGGACCCCGGCACCAUCCUCCUCACUGUUGAGGACCCCACAGCACAUGUGGGCAGCGGUGGAGCCACCCUCAAUGCCCUGCUGGUGGCAGCUGAGCACCUGAGUGCCCGAGCAGGCUACACAGUUGUCACCUCUGAUGUCCUUCAGGAGGCCUGGAUUCUCAUCAUGCACAUGGGCCGUGAUUUCCCCUUUGACGACUGUGGCCGGGCCUUCACCUGCCUCCCUGUGGAGGAUCCCAGUGCACCAGCUGAAGCACUGGUCUGCAACCUGGACAGCCUGCUCUGGACCAUGACCCACCAGCUGUGCAAGGGCUCCCCGCCUGGAGUGUGGAUCUGCAGUACAGACAUGCUUCUUACUGUUCCCUCAGCACCAGAGAUCAACUGGGAUGGAUUCCAGGGGGCCAAAGUGAUCUCCGUUCCAGGGACUGUCUUGUACGCCAGGAAUCAUGGAGUCUACCUCACCACACAGCAGGGGCUUGUGUGUGAUAUCAUCUACAGAGGCUCAGAGGCCCAGAUACAGCAGUGUGCCAGGCCUGAUGGGAAGGUCCCACUGGUAAGCGGAGUUGUCUUCUUCUCCUCGGAGACUGCAGAGCAGCUCCUGGCCACCCACGUCAUUCCCCCGCUCGACGCCUGCACCUACAUGGGCCUAGAUUCAGGGGUCCAGCCCAUCCAGCUGUCCCUGUUUUUUGACAUCAUGCUGUGCAUGGCUGAGGGCAUGACCGAGGAGGACUUUGUGAAUGGCAGGACCCAGGGAGCAGGCAGUAGCCAUACAAAGGGGGCAGUGGGCAUGAAGAGUGCCCGAUCUGUGCUGUGGAAGGCACUCCAUGCUCUCCCUCUCAGCAUGGCCUGCAUCCCAGAUGGCUCUUAUGACUACAUGACCAUGGCUGCCAGUGACCACAUCCACAACCUGACACUAUGCACUGGCUCCAUCAGCCACCUUCCCUUCUGCAAAGUGGCGCACUCCCAUGUGGCACAGCCCCAGCUCCUGGAGGAUGGUUCUUCCAUCACCAACAGCCUGCUGGAAGGAGCUGUGCAGCUGGGGCCUUGGAGCGUGAUCCAACACUGUCACCUGCGGGGACCCUUGAAAAUUGGAUCAGGCUGCCUCCUCACCGGGCUGGACAUGGCCUCCUCGCUUGCUCUCCAGAGCUGUCAGUUGCAAAACAUUGUCAUCCAGGGGCACUGCAUCAGGCUUCAGGACAUGCCGUGCAAAAUGUUCACACUGACUGGGCACCACGAUGACUGGCAGAGCCCUGCUGGGGAUGGAGGCACCUACCUGAAUGUACCCUGGGCUGAAUUCUUCCACAGGACAGGGAUACAGGAGGGGGAUAUUUGGGGCCCGGACACCCCACAAGGAAGCCGCUGCCUGCUGAAUGCCCGCCUGUUCCCUGUGCUGCAUGCCUGUGAGUCCCUGAGGGUCUGGGAUGUGCUGUGGUUCCUGGGCUCCCAGACAGGAGGACAGCUCCAGCGGUGGCGAGCCUCAUGGCGGAUGUCCUGGGAGGAGUUGCUGACCUGCCUUGACCAGGCAGCAGAACUGGAGUCCCGCCGCGCACUCUUCUUCCUGCAGGCCGAAUGCAAGCUCCAGAGUGUGCUGCUGGAGCACCAGGACCGCAGCCUCCUGCCACUUAUCCGUAGUGCUGUCCAUGAGGGCUACCAGGAGGCCAUGCUGAGUACACUGGACCAGGUUGCAUCCACUGCCAGUGACGCUGGAGUGGCAGCCCGGGCCCUUGCCUGCAUUGCUGAUGUCCUGGGCUGCAUGGCUAAAGGAGAAGGGGGCUUACGGAGUGGUCCAGCUGCCAACAGGGAGUGGCUGCCAGCCUUCCAGUGCUUGGAGACUGGGGACAUUGCUGGGGGAGUGAAGGCACUUGCCAAGGAGAGGAAGAAGUGGCUGGGCAGGCCAGCUCUGCUGGUGAGAGCCGCCCGGCACUACGAGGGUGCCGAGCAAAUCCUGAUCCGUCAGGCUGUCAUGUCAUCCUGCCAAUUUGUCAGUGUUGGCCGGGCAGAGCUCCUUCCAAUCGGCCACUGGGUGCUGGUGGAGUGUCCUGCUCGGAUAGAUCUCUCUGGAGGCUGGAGCGACACUCCUCCAAUCACAUAUGAGCAUGGGGGAGCCGUGGUGGACGUCGCCAUCCUGGUGGAUGGGUGCAGGCCCAUCGGUGCCCAGGCCCGGCGUAUCGCAGAGCCAGAACUGCGGCUGGUCAGUACCAGUGGGACACUGGAGGGUGAGGUGCUGCUAGAGCUUGUGUGCCAGGAUCUGGAGGACCUGCAGGAUUACUGCCAACCUCAUGCACCAGGGGCCUUGCUAAAGGCAGCUUUCAUAUGCACCCAGAUUGUGACCUUCCCUUCCCAGAAGCCCUUGCAGGUGCAGCUGCUGGAGAACUUUGGAGGAGGGUUUGAACUCCGCACCUGGUCCCUUCUGCCACAUGGGUCAGGCCUGGGCACAAGCAGCAUCCUGGCUGGUGCAGUGAUGGCAUCUCUGUACCAAGCAGCUGGGAAGUCCACCAGCGCAGAGUCCCUCAUCCAUGCCGUGCUGCACCUGGAGCAGGUGCUCACCACAGGAGGGGGCUGGCAGGACCAGGUGGGCGGGCUUGUGCCAGGCAUCAAGAUUGGGCGGUCGAAGGCCCGGCUGCCCCUGAAGGUGGAGGUGGAGCAGAUCCCCAUGCCGGACAGAUUCAUCCAGACACUGAACCAGCACCUGCUUCUAGUGUACACAGGAAAAACUCGGCUGGCCCGCAACCUGCUCCAGGAUGUCCUCAGGAACUGGUAUGCCAGGCUGCCAACCAUUGUGCAGAACACUGAUGCUCUAGUGAGCAACGCAGAGGAGUGUGCCCAGGCCUUCCAACAAGGUAACCUGCCUUACCUUGGUGACUGUCUGAACCGCUACUGGCAGCAGAAGAAGUGCAUGGCCCCUGGUUGUGAGCCUUUAGCAGUCAGACACAUGAUGGAGGCUCUUCAGCCUUAUGUCUAUGGGCAGAGCUUGGCCGGAGCAGGAGGUGGUGGGUUCCUCUGUGUCUUAACCAAAGAGCCCAGGCAGAAAGAAGCCUUGCAACACAUUUUAGCUAAAACAGAGGGCCUGGGGAAUUUCAGCAUCCAUACGGUUGAAGUUGACACAGCCGGUUUCUCCAUGCAGCUUGUGGGGAGUGACCUGAAAUCAAAUGUCCAUGGAGGGGGUGAAAUGGCUCACAGGGCCCUGUGACUGCCUGCAGCCCUUCCCUGAUCUUUACAUGCUCCCAGUGAAUAUUCAGAAUGCAACCCUUCCAUGAUAUGGAAAACCUGCAGUGGGAUUUGCCACCCACAGUAGCUGCUGCCUUUCAACGCGUCGACUUCCAGUUUUGAUAGCAGCAGCCAAAUGCAUCUUAUGGCUGUUGAAGUGUAUGCAUUGCUGCCACUGGCUGAGCCAGGAAGCCCCCUUCUGUUAAGACAUGCUAAAUUAACACUACAAGAGUUGGGCACAGUCAUGGUCAGUCAUGCUCGAGAAACUCUUCACUUCCCCCUGCAACACUAGGCUGCAUCUACUGCAGUAGGGGCCAAGCUUUUUGGCAGGGGUGCGCAAAUUAGCUCUGUACCUCCCCAAACUCCUGUUCCCUCUGCCUGCCCAAUCAACUGCUCUGCUUUCUGCUUCAUGCUGUAUCUGCCACUAUGUUCCCUUGCUACAUACCACACACAGACUGGCAUGUCACUUGUGGCACCUGUGCUAUGUUAGACACCCCUAGUCAACGUAGCAAAAUGAAGGCGUGAAUACUGCUUGGGGUAUACCCAUCAAGCUUGCUUGGGUAACAAUAGCAAGGAACAAGAGUCACAAGCUAGCAACCAGAGCAUUUACUAUGGGCUCCCAAAAGGCAUGCAUACUGGUUGGUAGCUCAUGCUGGGACCGCUUUACUGCUAUCAUGCUUUACUUUGCUGCAUGGAUGUGCCCCAACCACAUCACACUCCAUGCUGAACCAGCAGCCUGACAAAGCUGCGUCCUCUGUAUCCUGCUUGGGAAUGGACCUACCCACUGGAACUUGAGCCAGAGAGAACAGGACUAGCCUUUGCCACGAGGGUUACUUUUCACCAAGCCUUCCCAUUUAGAAGGGGGCAGAAGAGCAGCUUUUCCUUCUGGCAGUGGGAUUAAACCAGUAGGAAAGAAGGCAGCUUAAUGGGGCUAAUGAAUGUGUUAGACUGGUAUUAUGAAUGGUACAGUAUGUUCUGACACAGGUUCUCAUGACCCUCAAGGUGAGAGAACAGCAGCCAAGCCCAGCUGUGUGGCUGUUUUCUGCUGGACACUCCCAUUCCACCAGCUGUAACAGCCCAAAUCUAUGCCCAUAAUGAAGGCAUGGAGCUCUUUCCUGCUUUGAUGGGUUCAACCUCACUUCCUGAUAUUUCCUGGAAGGAAACAGUGAAACUGUCCAAGUGUCUUAGAAAGGGAGCAUGUAAACCAUUUUAUUUCUGUAAUGAGAUGUCACUCUGUCUCCAUUUCUUUGACUAAAAAGAUAUCCUGUGUCCCCCUGUGUGGGUUCCCAUACAGCACAGUGUCACACUGCUCCUCCCCAUCCCUGCAGCAGACAGCCUGCAUUCUUCUGAGUGCUCCGUAAACUUGAGUCAGGCCUAGCCUUCCAUGCUGGAGUACUAGGCAUUGCAGGAAGGCAGAGAUGGUAAAGAUGCAGCUAGUCCUCUCCUUCCCCUGCCUUAACCAUUUGCAAGCUAUGCGGCUACUGGACUACUAGCUUAAUAAAAACUUAACUCAGGCUCCCUUGAAUGAGUGCAGUGCCAUCUGCAGGGGCAGUGGUAGGAGGCACUUUCCUCACUGGAGCACAGUAGAGAUGCGAGACAUAGGAUAAAGUACAUACCAGAGCACAGAAGGAACAGGCUUUUCCCCUGUUUACCAUCCAGCUGCCCUGUAGACCAACUCUCCCAAUUCCUCCAACCCUCUACUGUUACAUAUUACACCCAAAUGAAUGCUGCCCAUCUCUGCCUUUAUUUACUAACUUAUUUCACAGGGCACAAACAGGAGCAACCACCCUGCUCCUUUUGUAAACUUUACCAUCAGCAUAAAUGUGAUUUUCAAACAAGCCCCAAGGAAGCUUCACCCACUGGGACCAUUAUUAAGAAUGAAGCCUCCAUCCAUCAGCCCCCGGGGCUAGGGAAUGAGCUCUCACAACUAUAGUAACCAAGGUGUCAACUAGCAGCACAGAAAGGG